ACAGAGCACAAACGCAUCACAUAGAAAGAUGAAGGCCUUUCACAGUGUCCUGCUCUUUGCCACUUUAACAGAAACAGCUGUUUGCUUGUUCACUAGAUCAUUCGUUUCUGUGAACAAAUUUUUUACUUGGGUUGAUGCUCAGACAUACUGCAGAAACAAGUAUGUAGACAUGGCGACCAUUCCCAAACUAACGACGUUUGAUGCCUGUAUAACUAAGCCAUGCUGGAUUGGCCUGAGAAAGCAGCCACAGGAGAAUUUCUUUAGUCAGUGGUCUGAUGAGAGUAAAGUACAAUUUACCUCAUGGGGAUAUAGUGAACCAAGUAACUUGAGCACUAGCCAUUGUGUGACUACAAUAGAAUCUAACUGGUUUAGCUCUGACUGUGCAAUGCUUUUGAAUUUCAUCUGCUACAAAUGGGUGCCUCGGUUAAUUAUGGUGAAAGAGAUGAUGACCUGGGAAGAAGCACUGAACUACUGCAGAACGAACUACAGUGACUUGGUAAGCCUGAGCAAUGAAAGAGAUUUUGCUGCAGCCAGGAUAAUGAGCAAGAACAGUCAAACACCAAAGGUAUGGACAGGCUUGCACUUCAUAGAUCACCUAUGGUUCUGGGUGAACCAUCAACCUCUGGGGAACCUGACUUCACUUCCUUCAUGCCCCAUCAAACCUUUUCGUUGUGGAGCCCUGGAAGCUGGAAGUGAAGUCUUGGAGAACAGGGACUGUAAUGAGAAAAGGAACUUUCUUUGCUACGAAGUCAUUGACUGACUGAAAAGAGCCUUCCUUACGGGUGUUGUUAUCGGAUUGGUGGUGCCAGUGGUCUCUUGUCCUCUACAGGAGCUUUUCAUCCCCCUACAAUUUCUGACUGUCAGGGUUUCUGUACUGCUGAACUUCUCUCCUCUACUUCAACUCUAACUGAGCAAUUGCACAUACAGGAUUGAACAGCACUGAACAGCUUUAAAAUGCAUUUUCACACAGACUAACAACACUGUGGCAAAUUUAGAGUAAUGAAGUUUUUCUUAUGACAUUCAAGUUAAAAGUAGUGUGUAAUCCAGGUAACACACACUCAGUGUGUGUGAGUAGAGCCACCUGCUGCUCCUCUUAAUGAAUUUCACUGGACUGCAUCCAUGCAUAGUUGUGCACUUGAAUACUUGCUUACUAAUAUACUUGAACUUGCAUGCUUUUACAUUUGGCAGACACACUUAUCCAGGGCAACUUACAAUUUAUCUCAUUGUAUACAGCUGAGCAAUUAAGGACCUUGCACAAAGGCCCAACAAUGGCAGCUUUGGUGGAUCUGGGGUUCAAACUCACAGCCUUCCAAUCCACAGUCCAACACCUUAACCCCUAAGCUAUUACAUCCCCAUGUGCAAGGCUGCACACAAGCAAAAUUAUGAAGCAAAAGUAAGUAUUGUGAUGCACAAGAUGUACAACUGUGCGAGUAUGCAAUUAAGUGUAGCUGUGUUCAAGUGCACAAGUAACCAAUCAAUCAAUCAAUCAAUCAAUUAAUCAAUCUGUCAAUAAAUCAGGUACUGAAGUUUGCAUGCAUACAAGUAUUCACGUAUGCCAGUGUACAAAUAUACAAGUGUACAAGUGUACCAGUAUGUGUGUUCACAGAUAUACAAGCGCACAGCUAUGUAAGCAUGCCAGUGAUUAACUGUAACUAAUAUGCAAAAGUCUGUAAGAAUACACAUAUACAAAUAUUCAAAUCAAACAAUUAUGCAAGGAAUCAUGUGUACAAGUUUGUAUGUAAGUACGUAAGCAUGUAAGCCUUCCUGCAUAAAUCAACAAGUUUCCCCUACAUAUUUGCUGCUGCUUGUAUAAAUCAACACAUUUAACUUACGUUUCUAAUAUUUCCUGUACAAACCAACACACUACCAUUUACUUUUCUAGUACUUCCUAUAUAUAUCAACACAUUUCCUGGUACUUUCUGUCUAAAUCGACAUAUAUUUUCAUUUAAUUGUAUUUUUGCCUGUGUAAAGGAACAUGGCUCCUUAUAUUUCUAGUGCUUCUUGAAUAAAAUGACAUAUUUCCACUAAAUUGUUGGUUAUUCCAGUACAAUGGAUGUGUUUUCUCUACAUUUCAGCAUUUCAUCUGUUAAAAAGU